AUGGCGCCGUUGGCCUUCUCAUUGAUGCCAAAGAUGUCGAGGCCGCGGUACUGCAGUGCCAGAAGGACACUGAUCUGGAAGGCGGUGAGGUCACGCCACAUGGCGUUAUUGAUGAGCAGCACCGUGCGGCCGAUGGACGGGCGGCGCAUGAGCGCCUUGGUGGGCGUGUCCGUUGCCGGCGCCAGCCAGCUUGCCCAUGGUGCAGCCAGUGAUGUUGAUGGGUUCAAUGGUUUUCUGGACGGUUGGCUUGGUGGGUUGAAUGGUUUGGAACCAAACCAUGAACAGGCCUACCAGUGGGAGACCACAGUCCAUAACCACAUUGAAUUCACUAAUGGUUCUAUAAUCGGAACUCUGCUCCCACUUGUUGGUUUGGUUGGCGUGGAUGGAAUUUUCUAUACAUUUAAGAUGUAUAGGGCCUCGAAUUUCAUACCUGAUCCUAAUCAGGUGCUCCUGGAUGCCAAGCCAUUAAGGUCUUUAGCUCCAAUGUUCCCUGCCCCCAUGGGAGUCAAUGUUAAUCAAUCAAGUACACCACCAUUGGUCUGUGUCACUCCGGUUGGUCAAUUUCCAGCAGGGUUUGGUGCAGGGAACCUUCCUGCCUUUGGAUCGUUCACUACUUUCAGUGCCACUGCAAAUGGUGCCAUUGAUGCCACCCCUAUCUCUGCAUACAAGACAAGGUCAAGCAUAUCACUUGAUGGUGAUGAUGACCCUUACUCAGGUAACCAAGCUUUGGCAUCUGAACGGAAGGCUAGGAGAGGCCGUCCUCCUGGUUCUGGUCGUGAUGGCUCAAAUGGUAAGGUAAAGCGCCCUAAGCCCACAUACAAGAAUUUUGUUGCUGGCAAAGAGCUUGCCUUUCUGUCAUCUUCAUCCAAUCCCAGGGAGAUUGUGGAAGCAGUUCACAUGGUCUUUGAGGCACUCCGGCGAAGACAUCUGCAGAUGGAUGAAACACAGGACGCUAGCAGACGUGCAGACCUGAAGGCUGGUGCCAUCAUGAUGGCCAGUAACAUCAGGGCGAAUACGGGCAAGCGGGUAGGAACUGCACCUGGAGUUGAAAUAGGGGAUAUUUUCUAUUUCAGGAUGGAGCUGUGUAUCAUUGGAUUGCAUGCACCUAGUAUGGGAGGCAUUGAUUACAUGACUACUAAAUUUGGAAAUGAUGAGGAUUCUGUAGCCAUAUGUAUCGUCUCUGCAGGAGGUUAUGAGAAUGAGGAUGAUGACACAGAUGUGCUGGUGUACAGUGGUUCAGGGGGAAAUAGUAGGAAUACUGAAGAGAGGCAUGACCAGAAGCUUGAGAGGGGUAACCUAGCUCUUGAGAGGAGUUUGCAUAGGAAGAAUGUGAUAAGGGUUGUACGUGGCUUCAAGGAUCCAUUUUGCCUAACUGGGAAAAUUUACAUAUAUGAUGGCCUCUACAAGAUUCAUGAGUCCUGGAAGGAGAAAACAAGGUCUGGUAUCCAUUGCUUCAAGUACAAGCUGCUACGUGAACCUGGACAGCGUGAUGGAGCUGCAUUAUGGAAGAUGACUCAGAGAUGGAUAGAUAAUCCUGCUACCAGAGGCAGUGUUCUACUAGCUGAUCUGUCAUCUAAGGCUGAAACUGUGCCAGUUUGUCUUGUCAAUGAGGUAGACCAUGAGAAAGGACCUGGACAUUUCACCUAUACUAAUCAGGUCAAAUACUUGAGGCCUCUCAGUUCUAUGAAAAAGUUGCAGGGCUGUGGAUGCCAGAGUGUUUGCCUGCCUGGUGAUGCCAGUUGUGCUUGUGGACAACAUAAUGGAGGUGAUUUACCCUACAGUUCAUUAGGAUUGUUGUCAUGCCGCAAACCGAUGAUCUAUGAAUGUGGUGAAUCUUGCAACUGUUCUACAAAUUGCCGGAACAGAGUGACCCAAAAAGGGGCCAGGCUACAUUUUGAGGUCUUCAGGACCACCAAUCGAGGCUGGGGUCUUCGCUGCUGGGAACCUGUUCGUGCUGGUUCAUUUAUAUGUGAGUAUGCCGGCGAGGUCAUUGAUGAGCACAAAGUUAAUUUGAAUGAUAGUGAAGAUGAUUACAUUUUUCAAACUGUAUGCCCUGGUGAGAAGACUUUAAAAUGGAAUUGUGGACCUGAACUGAUAGGUGAAGAUAGCACGUAUGUAUCGGCUGAUGAAUUUGAGCCACUGCCUAUCAAGAUAAGUGCAAAAAACAUGGGAAAUGUCUCCCGUUUCAUGAACCACAGUUGCUCACCCAAUGUCUUCUGGCAACCAGUUCAAUAUGAUCAUGGAGAUGAUGGACACCCACAUAUAAUGUUCUUUGCACUGAAGCAUAUUCCACCCAUGACAGAACUGACUUAUGACUAUGGUGUUGCCGGAGCUGAAUCUAGUGGUUCAGGUUCUCGUAGAACAAAGAACUGCAUGUGUGGAUCACAAAACUGCCGGGGAUUAUUUUGA